AUGAGUAUUCGUGCUACAUCAACUCAAACAAUGUUUCAAGCUCGACGAGAUUUAGUAGUUGUACGUCGUAUUAUUAUUAUUAUAAUGAUUUUAUUGACACUUGGUUUUCCAUAUGUUAUAUUUAUAUUGAUAUCAUUUAUAACUAAACCUCCAAAAUAUCACUUACGUGCUGCUAUAUUCUUAGUUGAUUUCUCUCAGAUAUUAAUUAUGAUUGCUGUUUUUAAAUUCUGUCAACCAGUAAUGGAUGUCAUAUUAAAAUACAAACGUCUGGUUUCCAGCCGUGUUCAACCAACAAUGACUUGA